AUGUCACAUGGUAGUAUAUACCUGGUCGCCUAUAAACUCUCAAGCGAACUAGAUUCAUUUUCUAGUGCAAAGAAUAAGAAACGGGUUAUAGAAGAUCCAAAUCAACGAUUUGCUGAGGUGGAAGAUAUUAAGAAGGCUCUAGAGCAAGCAGCCGGACGGGAGCGCGAACUGCGGGCGCGGCAGCCAGAGGUUGAGGCCAAAAAGGCUGCCGAGUCCUUAUGGACGGAUGCUAUGUUGGAAUCUUACUGCAAAUACCUUAAAAAACUGGAGCUGAAUAUGGAAUGGUGGGCUGGCUCUAGUUCCGAGCCGUUAAACUCAAAAGCCCUCCAAGGCCGUUUAAUUGAAUGA